AGAGGAGAUCUCAGCUCACACCAUGAUUUGCUUCAUAAAAGCAUGCCUUGUAGACCAUGGGUUGAAACUGAAGGUCAUCUUCCUCUUGUCUUCGGGUUUGCCCUUUUGGCUUUCACACGGAAGCAGCUUCUCCAAUUUAGGUUGGAUACUAUGUGAGUAGAUAUUCAUGAUUUCUUUACACCAGAGAUGAUUUCAGCCUGCAAAGCAGCUCAAGAGUGAACAAUUCACAGCACAAAGCUGAAACCAGAAGGAAAUGAGUUGCCUCCUCGUUUGCUUCAGAGACAGAGGUCCUCGUGCAGAGGCAGAAGCUAUGAAAAGGCAAAGCUGUGUUCAGGAGCAUGAGAUCAUUGAAUUACAAGCAGAUAACGUGGAGGAAGGUGAGGCUGACCAUGACAAGCCUCCGAACACUCAAACCAGAAAGGAGAGAAAUCAUUGGAGAUCAUGUAGGAAUGUAGUUUUCUGGAAGUGUCAACUAUGGAUGGUUAUAACUACAAUUUUUCUAGUAUUCUUCCUGGUCAUUCUCAUCAGCCUAAUUCUUUAUUCUAAUGUUUACAUAGAUGAGGAUGACUAUUGGGAUGCUGAUGCACUCCUAAAUAGUGGAAAUUGCCGCAGCUUUUCAGGAACACUGGAAUUAAUGUGUGGUCUCCAACACCUUUUCUCUGACAACAUUACUAAGAAGUUAACAGAUGUCUACAGUUCAUCUCUGGCUCUAGGACGCUACUUUAGGUCAGCUCAGGUGGUUUCUUUCAGUAAUGAAAACUCCACUGUAUUUUAUCAGCUAGAGUUUUCUGUACCACCACCAACAGAGGGGUUUAUGGAAAACACAAUGAACCCAGACUUUAUAAAGAACAUUCUACGUCAAAACAUUUAUGAUGAAGAUGAUGUUUCUAAUCCUGGGACGUCUGAAUGUAACGAGUUGAAGUUUGACCCGACUUCUCUCACACUGACAUAGAAAAGAGGGAAAGACUCUUCAUCUUCCUCACCAACUAGAAGAGGGGCCUUCUAUCUGUUAUUAAUCCCAGGAUAUGGAGCUAUUCAUUAGUAGAAACACUUCUAAACAGGUUGUCCUGCAAGUACUGUCUGUGAUGCAGUAUUGUAAAUAGAAAAUGUGGUACAUUUGUAAGUGUUGUACUCCUAUAACACCACUACCUCCUCCUUUAUUGUUGUCCUGAUAUCUCAAUAACUCAUUUCACUCACACAAAUGAUAUAUGGUCUGUUGACUUCGAAACCUCUGCUUUGUCUUACCUUAAAAUUAAGUCUGGAUUCCCUGUAUGACCUUUAAAAAGCAGUCUUGCAUAUGGCUCAUUUCUUCUUCACUUGUCUUAUCCAAAAUCAUCUGCACACCUUCAUCCUUGAUGCUCACUUUCACCCAUGUUCAUGUCUGUUACUUUUUUCCCUGCUAACUACAUAUGCUAUGUUUCCCCAUUGUUCUUUCCUCAUAAAACAAGCGGAAAGGUUAAAUAUACUUUCUAUUUUAUUUAUUACAUGCAAGACCUUUGCACUAUCUUCUUAAGUGAGCUUCAAUUCCCAUCAUCUCCUCAUUCAUCCUAUAGUCUUGCUGGAUAAGGUGGUAUCUGUUCUAUUGUUCUCUUCUGUAAUGUGAAAUAGAAACGGAGAAACAAACAUUGGUAAGACAUACAUCUUGCUCACUAAUGUAUCUGAAUGCUAUAGGAAUCUUUCAAGGGUCAGAUUAACUGUGUUUUAAUAGCUAGCUAGUGGUACUGGAGAACAGACCAUUAUUUGAGCCAUGUUUGUAAGUUCCAAGAGAAACAAAUCAAUAUCACUAGUUACAGACCCUGUCCCAGCAGUGGGGAUAAAAAUGAACAGAUGCAAUGUAUUUGCCUUCAUAAGGCAGCAAAUAGUUUUCGUUAACAACAGAUCAGAUGAGAUAGACCAGUGAAUGCUAAGAGGAAGGUGCUGAAACAGACAAUGUAGGCCACUGUGGUAUGAGAGUUACAACCAAUAAUGGUUAGUUUUAUCUAACAUGUUAGUUAAUAUUAGAGCAUUAACUUUAUGCAGAAUGGAUCCACUACCAUGUUAGUGAAGUAUGGCUUCUUGUCAUUUGCUUAUAGCCAUUAUCAACAUUAGUACUAUAGGAAAACAAAAUUAUUUUAAGAAACCUUUUGUAUAGUAAGAAA